AUGGGGAGAAUGAUGGGUGUGGCUUUCCCACUUGUAGCUCUUGCAGUGCUAAGCAUGUGUCAAGGGAUGGCAGAGGCAGCAUUAAGACCUCCACCGCCGAACAUGCAUUUGCAUUACUAUAAGAUCAACAAUACAUGCCGCUACGUGGAGCAGUAUGUUCGGCACCAAGUGACCUUGUUUUAUCAGCAUGAUAGAAGCAUUGUUGCAAAGCUACUUCGAAUGGUUUAUUCUGACUGUUUUGUCACUGGAUGUGACGCAUCAAUUCUGCUAGAUGAAGGACCAAAUCCAGAGAAAAAAGCACCACAAAACCAGGGGCUGGGAGGAUUUGUGAUCAUUGACAAAAUCAAAACUGUUCUGGAAUCACGAUGCCCUGGAAUUGUCUCCUGUUCUGAUAUACUCCAUCUCGCCACCAGGGAUGCUGUUCAUCUGGCAGGUGGACCAGGUUAUCAGGUUAUAACAGGAAGAAAGGAUGGCAUGCAAUCAGAUGCUGCAUCAGUAGACCUGCCAUCACCAUCCAUCUCACUGCAGGAAGCUCUAGCAUAUUUCGCAUCGAGGGGCUUGGAUGAAGUGGAUUUGACGGCACUUUUAGGAGCACACACAAUAGGCCGAACACAUUGUAGGUAUGUUGUUGAUCGGCUGUACAACUUCAAUGGCACUGGAAACGCAGACCCAAGCAUGACUGCUACUUUAUUAGAGACAUUGAGAGAACUUUGUCCACCAAGAAGGAAGGGACAACCAGACCCACUGGUAUACCUAAACCCAGAAUCUGGAUCAACUUACAACUUUACAGAAUCAUACUACAAAAGGGUCCUAGAUGACCAGGCUAUACUGGGAAUUGAUCAACAAUUACGAAAAAGUAAUGACACUGAACAGAUCACCGAAGAAUUUGCUGCUGGAUUUAAAGACUUAAAGAAAUCCUUUGCUGAGUCAAUGUACCAUAUGGGGAAUAUCAGAGUUUUAACAGGCAAGCAAGGAGAGAUACGUCGAAAUUGUCGAUACACAAAUAAGGGCAACCCAAAUUAG